AUGUACAAUAAUCGAAGAAUCGUCGUGUUGGCACUGAUGAUAGCUGUCUCGGCUGCAAUUGAGAUUCAAGAUGCCGGAUCGUUUCCAGUUGGAACCGAUUAUCAUAAGGAGAAACUAGCUCAGGGACAGGAUCCAGCCAAUUACAAGAAGACGUACCAUAAAGAAAUUCCCGGAGGAUCUGAACAUGCUGAAGUCGUCGCUUCCAAUGGUCCAGGAUCCAACUCAUUUAGCCAAACAUACAGCAAACACCAAUCAUUUGGAUCAUCCGACACUUCCCAAUCACGAGAUGCUAUGGAUCGUCAUAACGCCCUCAUGAGCCGUAUGCAGCAGAACAUGGCAGGAAUGAGAAUGGGAAUGGGCAUGGGUUCUCCAUUUGGAUCAUCAGAGCCAAAGAUGUACUCGGAUGGUUCCGACGAUUGGAUGCAGAAUCACAUUCAAAUGAUGAAUGAGAUGAUGAGAAUGCAGAAUGAACAAAUACAGGCCCUCCAACAGCUUAUCGCUUCGUCGUCGUACCCCCGUAGGAGCUCACACCAUUCUGCAAUCCAGCCAACCCAGGUCCACUACCAGGUCCCCAAAACGGUGGACGGCGAAGCAAGUGUCUCCAAAGUUCGCUCUUCAUUGUCUUCCAGAUUCCCGGAAGCACCACACCGACGAAUGAAAAAAGGAAGACGACUUUUUUGUCUGGAUGAAAGGAACGACUCUUCUUUAGUCUGCUUACUUUGUUUGUAUCUUUUUCAUCCAUUUUGCUAUUCCUCUUUUUCGUCUUCUUAA